CGUCGAGAUAUUACAUAUGUCCGUGCGCGACGCUACAUCAUUUCUAAGAUCCACCUUUCAACACUGGACAACUUCUGCACUUGCAAUGUCAACACACGAUAUAAUCUUCCACUGACGACCAAUGCAAUCAACGGCGCGCACGACCCAACUCUGGAAAUUAUCUGUCCUUCCAGUCUGACGAAACUCGGAUCUCGCAGUCUUCAUCAUGCCGCCGCGCAACUAUGUAAACCCAGCUCCUCAAACAGAGAGUGCCCGAGACGCGGCGCGCAACUUCUUCUGCGACCUAUGCCAGAAAGCCUACGCGCGUCAACCAGAGCUUGACUCUCACUUGACAUCAUACGAGCACAACCACCAAAAGAGACUUCAGGACCUUAAAGAAGCAUCGCGCGACCCUGGCCGUACAGAGCGUCAGCGGCGCAAAGAGAACGCAGAAGCAGGACUCGUUCGUCUCGAUCUCGACGGGGCUAAGAAAGCUGUGAAUGAUGCGAACCCCUCUGUUGAGAAGAAGAAGGGCGGCUUCAAGCCUAUGACUAUGAAGCGCAACGAUGACAAGUCGAGUCAGCAAUCGGCAGCACCGAAGCCUGGUUUCAAGAGAAUAGGUGGAGCAGCAGUACAGGCUGAAGAGCCCAAAAGCAUAUUCGAUGAUCUCGGAUAUGAGGUUUAUGAUCCACGUUACCCUACCGAGUGCGACGAAAUCUGA